AAUGUGUACUAGAAUUGGCUUGCCAGUGUAUAGCCCCUAAAUACUGGCAAAUACAACUUUUUUUUAUUAAUGGGAGCUCAGUUUAAUAAGUUCAACUGUUUUUCUUUGUGUUAAAGCUGGAGAUGAUCUGCAUGGAGAACCCUUCUGACCUCAAGAAGCAGCUGUUUGUCGAAUUUGAGGGGGAGCAAGGAGUAGAUGAGGGAGGGGUGUCGAAAGAGUUUUUUCUGUUGGUGCUGGAGGAGAUUUUCAAUCUUGAUAUAGGAAUGUUCACCUAUGACAAAGACACAAAGCUCUUCUGGUUUAACUCCUCUUCACUUGAGAACGAAGCACAGUACACUCUUGUAGGCAUUGUCAUGGGACUGGCCAUUUACAACAACUGCAUCCUGGAUGUCCACUUCCCAAUGGUGGUCUACAGGAAACUAAUGGGAAAGAAAGGGACCUUCUUGGACCUGUCCGACUCACAUCCAGUAUAUAUAUAUAUUAUUUUUUUUGUUAAAUCUGUU